UUAUCUUUCUUUCCUUUGUCUACAAAAAUAAAAAAUAAUAUGCUUUUCAUUAAUUUCUCUACUUUUAGGGUUUUUCCCCUUGUCUAAAUUUAAGGCAUAUAAUGCAAUUUCUCUGAUUUUGGAGUUCAAUCUCUUGCACAAACCCUCCAGAAACUGAGAUCUCAUGAAAAAGAGCUGAAUAUUUCUUGGUCCAAAGCUUGUAUUUUUUAAAGAGGUCCAGUGUUAAAAAAAUGAGUUCAACUGUUUCAAACCACCAAGGAAUCCUGCAACAAGGUGGUUACAGUGGUCAUGACUCCCGCAGUAACAUCACCUCUGGUUCAGAAUCAGAAUCUAUUAACAACGACGAAGCAGAGUUGGUUUCCGUAUGUUGGAAUCAGGAUUCAAGUUGUUUCGCAGCUGGAACGAGUCAUGGUUUUCGUAUAUAUAACUGUGAACCUUUCAAAGAAACUUUCAGGCGUGAGCUAAAGAAUGGCGGUUUUAAAAUUGUAGAGAUGCUUUUCCGAAGCAAUAUAUUGGCACUUGUUGGUGGUGGACCUAACUCUCAGUACCCUUCAAGCAAAGUACUAAUUUGGGAUGAUCAUCAGAGCCGUUGCAUCAGUGAAUUUGCAUUUAGGUCUGAGAUUCGUGCUGUGAAAUUACGAAGGGAUCGGAUUGUUGUUGUUCUUGAACAUAAGAUUUAUGUUUACAAUUUUAUGGACUUAAGACUUCUUCAUCAGAUUGAAACUCAAGCUAAUCCUAGAGGAUUAUGUUGCCUUUCUCAUCAUUCUAAUACUUCUGUGCUUGCUUGCCCCGGUCUUCAUCGAGGAGAGAUUCGUGUUGAACAUUUCGGGCUUAGCAUGGUACAAAUCAUAAAUGCUCAUGAUUCUAGUAUUGCGUGUAUGACUUUGACAUUGGAUGGUUUGUUGCUCGCAACUGCUAGUACAAAGGGAACUCUGAUUAGAAUCUUCAACACUAUGGACGGAACUCGUUUGCAAGAGGUACGAAGAGGAGUGGACAGAGCAGAUAUUUAUAGCAUUGCACUUUCACCAAACGUGCAGUGGCUGGCUGUAUCAAGCGACAAGGGAACUGUUCACAUUUUCUCUCUUAGAGUUAGAGUAGUUGGGGAGGAUUCUUAUUCCACUGAAAAUGCAGCUCUGUUGACCCAACAAACUUAUUCUAAUUCUCUGCAAGGCCUUGUUUCUCCAACCACUGGUACCAAUCCCGGUGUUCUACCAAAGUAUUUUAGCUCGGAAUGGUCAUAUGCUCAGUUUCAUGUAUCAGAAGUCACACAGUUCUUCGCAGCAUUUGGCAGUAACAACACCGUUGCUAUUAUCGGCAUGGAUGGAAGUUUUUACAGAUGCAGCUUUGAUCCCGUGAACGGAGGAGAGAUGGGGCAACUGGAAUAUUUCCACUUUCUGAAGACGGACAACCGCCCGAGAUAAGUCAGACUCAUGCUUCACUCACUCCUCUAAGCUCUCUGUACAUAACCAUGUCUAUGUAAAUAGAUUUGGUGAGACUGC